CGCCAUCAUCCAGCCAGUGUUACCUUUGACGGUCGAAUGCGCGGUCGUUCGCCGUCGUAGCCAGUGACGUCGGUGUCGACACUCGUGCAACACGUCUAUGAUGUUUCGGUGACUUCAAAGUCGGACUCGUGAGUGAACGAUAACUUAUUGGCUAUCGAAUGCUGGAACACAGUGACAAGUUUUGAUCUCAUUACUCCCUGGAUUUGGAUUUUGAUGAGUUGUGAUAAGUGACUAUUUGGAUUUUUGAGCAAACAGUGAAGUGGAUCACCAAAAAAGGAUUUAUUCUAAGUGUCAACAUUGGAUUAUGAAUUAAAUAUUUCUGCAGUGAAUUCAAGAACAGUGUUACGUGAAAGUGGCAUUCAAGGGGUGCCUUGGAACGGCAGGACGGCGAACUCCAAUAGUACGGCUGGGUACGCGGGCUCUAUCAUCACCUACGGGGGAGCACAAGCUCCCGAUAGUGGAAAACACAACCCAUUGCAAGGGACCAUUGGAUACAGAGUCAACACCCCUAGCGGCUAUGGGUGCGCCGGCGGUUCGGGCGCGAUGAGCGGCGGGGGCGAGAACGCGCAGUUCGGCGCCACCGCCGCAAUGGUCGCCGCGGCCACCACGGCCGCGAUGCAGGACUCGCAGCCAUUUUCGCAGAUGCAAAGUAACAUGACUAUGGGAAAUCCCCAAUAUGGUGCGAUGAACGGCUAUGGUCAACAACGCAGUCAUAACCCAGCAAUGACUGGGAUGGGGAUGGGUGGCAACAGCGGGAUGAAUGGGAUGACCGGUAUGGGGCAAAUGGGAAAUGCCGGUAUGAACGGUAUGAACCCAAUGGCUCAGAUGGCUAACAUGGGUAUGCACGCAAACAUGAUGCCAUCGCAAAUGGGGCCUGGACAAAUGAGCAGCUCGGCAAAAAUGGGGCCGGGAUACCAGAGGCGGCAUACGCCGUAUCCGUCCGGUACUAUGCUGAUGGGCCAGCGGAAGACGCAAUACAUGAGUGGGCAGCCCAAUUUUGGACCGACUCAGUACCCAGCGGGGUACGGUGGUAGGCCGGGCUUCCAGGGGCAAUACCCGCCACAGCAACCGUUGGGACCUAGCGGAAAUUUCGGUGCAGCAAUGAGAGGAACGAUGAGGCAGUCGACGCCGCCUUACUCGAAUCAGGGGCAAUAUUUCAAUGGUAACGUGCCAAACCAGUUCCCUCAGCACCAGAGCAGUAAUGCGCAGUAUGGUGGACAAUACGGAGGUCAGUUCGCGCAGGAAGUUGCAAUGCGCACUAACAUGAGCUACCAGCACAGUCCAGUUCCUGGAAAUCCGACGCCACCUCUAACGCCUGCCAGCAGUAUGCCUCCAUAUAUCAGCCCUAAUGGCGAUGUGAAACCUCAUUUCAACGAGCUGAAACCUUCUAUGGGCAUGCAAAAUGACGAGCUCCGGUUAACAUUCCCCGUAAGAGAUGGUAUUAUACUACCACCAUUUAGAUUAGAACAUAAUUUAGCUGUUAGCAAUCAUGUAUUUCAAUUAAAGCCCACGGUCCAUUCGACGUUAAUAUGGAGAUCGGACCUUGAGCUACAAUUAAAAUGCUUCCACCACGAAGAUAGGCAGAUGAACACAAACUGGCCAGCAAGUGUUCAAGUGUCGGUCAACGCGACUCCAUUAGUAAUAGAUAGAGGAGAGAACAAAACAUCACACAAACCAUUGUACCUGAAAGAAGUGUGCCAGCCAGGCAGAAACACGAUACAGAUCACCGUUUCAGCCUGUUGCUGUUCGCAUCUGUUUGUAUUACAAUUAGUUCACCGGCCGAGCGUACGAAGUGUGCUGCAAGGCCUAUUAAGAAAACGCCUAUUAACAGCAGACCACUGUAUCGCGAAGAUCAAAAUGAACUUCAACCAAACGCCGACAAACGGUAGCAAUGGAUCUAACACUGCCAAUGACAGGGACAGUGUUGAACAAAUAGCUUUAAAAGUAUCAUUAAAAUGUCCAAUUACGUGUAAGAAGAUCACCUUACCAGCACGUGGACACGAAUGCAAACACAUACAGUGUUUCGAUCUGGAAUCGUAUUUACAACUAAACUGUGAACGGGGGUCAUGGCGAUGUCCAGUCUGCAAUAAACCAGCACAAUUAGAAGGGUUAGAAGUCGACCAAUACAUGUGGGGCAUCCUAAACACGUUAAACAGUUCAGAUGUAGAUGAAGUGACAAUCGACAGUGGCGCCAACUGGAAGGCUACUAAAAUAACUAACAAUACUGGGAUUAAGCAAGAAGAAGAUAGCAGUGACGGCAGCUUAGGAAAGCGUAGUAAAGCAGUAUCACCGGGUUCUAUGAACAUGCCAACAAUGAACAACUGGGAUAUGAACCAGGCAUUAUCGCCAUACCUUCCUCCUGACAUGAACACAAUAGCCAGUGGCUCUAUGAUCUCUUCCUAUAACCAAAACGGUCAGAACAGAAAUUCAAGUUCGAACAAUCAGAAUUAUGAUUUCGGUAUGAACAAUGGGCCUGGCAGUAACGAGUUUGCUGGAAACGGACCUCUGUCUCAUCUGAAUGAGAGUGUAAACUCAUUAGAUCCUCUGAACGCGAUGGAGAAGAGUCUUAACGAUCAGAUGCCACAUACACCACACACGCCGCACACGCCGGGCUCAGCGCACACACCGGGCGGUGGCGGCGCCCACACGCCGGGUUCCUCGCACACGCCGGGGCCGCCUUCCGUGGACCACCACUCCCUCACCGAUGUCGACAUUCCCGCCGACCUCAAUUUUGAUCCCGCCGCCGUCAUAGAUGGAGAAGGGACAGAUAAUCUCAAUUUAUUGCCGGAGACAAGUGUGGACCCGAUGGAGCUAUUGUCGUAUUUAGACGCACCUGCACUAGGUGAACUACUAGCGACGCCGCCGUCGUCAUCAUCGUCGGCGGGCAGCCAUCCACCGCGUGCGCCUUCCUCCGACGACCUCCUGGCGCUGUUUGAAUGAACAGACGGUGACCUGCAGGAUACGUAGACGGGAUGACAUACAGGAUUGUCAAUUAAAACCAACAAAGGAAACUGAAGAUCUCGAUAUGUACUUAACAGAAAAUAUUCUACCUGUUUAGUGGAAUAUCCACAAAAAACUUGCUGAUGUCUAUAACCGUCUACGUAAUACUUGUUACAAUGAGAUUUGUUCGUCUGAAAGUAAAACUAGGCGUUUGUUCAACUCGCAAUCAAGCAAGCCAGAAGCCCGAUAUUGUGAUAUUAGAUUUUAGUUCCUUCUCCACGUGUCACUGGGUUCAAUACAGCGGUGCGUCCGAACAGUAGAUGUCUUCAGAAUCUCUGUCACCUUGUAAAGGUGUUAUCGUCUAGUAGAAGUUCCGAUCGUACUGUUGUUUUGAAUACAGUGGCACACAGAGGCAUCGAUUGUUCAAACAAUGGUGUUGGAGAACAUUUAUUAGGUAUAUAAGUAAAGUAUUGGAGGCAACGGCCAUAGACACUGCGGUGUUGUGCAUGUAUAGUUCCUCGCACCGCCGCACACACGGUGGCGCUACUGAGCUCCUUUAACAUUCUAAACUCUAGCAUAAACUGUAACACAAAUUUUCAUAAAUAAUUCAACUUCUUGUUCGAUAUUACUGUAAUCGAUUAGUUUUUGAUUUGUGUCCAUAAUUUGUGAUUAGUUCACCGGGUGUAAAUAAUAAAGAGGAGUUAUUUUAUUUGUGCUAGUUGUUUUGUGUACUGUGGGCGGAGCCGGGCGGCUCUUUGUACGUAUAGGUUAGCGCGAGCGGCUGGCCCGUCCGGAGGCAUUGUGAAUCUUAUAGUUCCUAUUGGAUGCGAGCGAACUAUAAUGUUCAAUUGCCAUUUACUGUAAACAUAUUCCUUCAAGUUUUCGCAUAUUCUGCAUUUUUAAAUGGUAAGAUAUGAUAGGAUUCGUGAGUAUAACGCUACUCGCUUUUGGGUGAUAUAUUCUAAAUGAGUUGUUUGAAUAAACAAAUAAAUGGUAACAAAUUAGUUACAAAGUAUAUUGUAAAUGUGAGUGCAAAAAUGAACUCUGUUAAAUUAUUUUGCGUUAUGUGAAUCGAAGAAUGAUAGAAAUAUAUUUUAAUUUCUAUAUAAAUAGUAAUGAACUGUAUUAUUUGUAAAUAUGAAUCUAGAUAAGAAUAUUAUAUUACCUAGUUAUAUACAGGAGAAGAACAUGGCAGAUACUUAUAUGACGGCCAGUUUAGUAUAGUAUUACUAAAUUAAAGAAAAUCUACACAUGGUUUUACAUGUACAUACAAAAUUACCAUACCUAUUAUACAAGCCUGCACGUUUAGAGCUCAGUACAGUAAACUUACAACUAUUUUUUAAUAGUCAAAUAUUUUAGAACCAUUAAAAAUACAAGAACAUUUAAGACUUAUUUAUUUUGUUCAUCUAUAUGUUUCAAUUAUACUAAACUAGUCUCUUGAUAUUUCUUUGAUUUGUAGGCAAAAAGUUCCUAUAUCUAUAGAAACUAAUUUUAUAAUAAUAUUUUCUUUUUUAAUUAUCUUUUAGUUUGUCUUUCCUGAACUUGGAUAUAGUCACAUAACAUACCCGAACUUAUGAGUUUAAAAACAUGAUUAAUAACUUAAAUAUGUCUAUCGUCUACUUCACAUAUGUUGAGUCUACUGUAUCUGUGCUCUAAAACGUUUUCUAUUUACAAGUGCAAACCGCCAAUAUAAACAAACAUACAUAGAAGAAUACAUAUUAUAUAUACAUAUGUUACAUCUGUGCUCAUCUUAAUUUUGUUUCG